UGGUGCUUUGACACUAUAUAUGACAGCUCAAACUACUGAUAAACCUCGAGUUUUUUGGUGUCAAGAGUCAAGAUGUGUACUCAUCUCUGCGUUCUGCUCUGUCUUAUUGCCUCCGUUCAACGAGGAACAGCACAAGGUGGCACAAGACCGUCUGACUCUGUGCUACUGACAUCAGUUACAAGUCUGAAAAACGAGGGUACUCAGCUGAAAGUUGUGUCAAAGGUCAUCAAAGACGCCGUCUAUUAUGACGUGCAUGUUCCAGGAGACUCUGGCCUGAUGAUCAUGCUGUAUCCUCUGCGAACCAAGGGUCACGACCUGCUAGUCGAAGCCGACAAGGUCAGGUCCUACGCUGAGAGCGCUAUAAGUGAACUGGGAGGUCAAGCACCAUCUUACUCUGCGAUACAGCAAGACAUGGUUGACACGGUAUCCGAGGCUGGAGUAUUCAAACUUCAAGUAAAUUCCUUCAAGGCCGCCAUGCAAGACUUUAUUAAUAAAGCGAAAGCUGAAGGCCACUCCAACGAUGCGUUGAUGUCAGAGCUCAAUAGAGUAGCCGGUUACGGUGACGAACUGCUCACUCAAACAGCAACGGUCGCAACUCACGCUCAGGGCAUUGCAAGUCAACUGCAAGGUGGCAAGGUCGUUGGAUAACUUUGUUAUUUGGUGGGGAAAGGUUGGGUGGAUCAAACCUUAAACUGUAACACCACUUCAUGAGUUCAAAUAAGUAAGGAAGAAAUACAGAGAUUGGAAUUUCUAUUUUAAAAAAGAUGUACUGAAGUUUUGUCAUAUUCCACCAUGCAUUAAUAAAGUUAUAAGCCAGCA